AGCCAGGAUAGCUGUACAUUCUUUUUUCUUACUUUCUCAUCUGCUAACUACGUUCCCUUCCUUUCUACUACACAUUCAUUCUUUAACCCUAACUUCAAAUCACCUUUAUUUCACCUACCACCAUGAAGACUACCACCUACAGUUUGCUCGCUCUGGCAGCGGCUUCCAAGCUGGCCUCCGCCCACACCACCGUCCAGGCCGUCUGGAUCAACGGCGAGGACCAGGGUCUCGGUAACACCGACGAUGGCUACAUCCGCUCUCCCCCCAGCAACAGUCCCGUCACCGACGUCACCUCCACCGACAUGACCUGCAACGUCAACGGUGACCAGGCUGCCUCCAAGACCCUCUCCGUCAAGGCCGGUGACGUUGUCACCUUCGAGUGGCACCACAGCGACCGCUCCGACUCCGACGACAUCAUCGCCUCCUCCCACAAGGGUCCCGUCCAAGUCUACAUGGCCCCGACGGCCAAGGGCUCCAACGGCAACAACUGGGUCAAGAUCGCUGAGGACGGAUACCACAAGAGCUCCGAUGAGUGGGCCACCGACAUCCUGAUCGCCAACAAGGGCAAGCACAACAUCACCGUUCCCGACGUUCCCGCCGGUAACUACCUCUUCCGCCCUGAGAUCAUUGCCCUCCACGAGGGUAACCGCGAGGGUGGUGCCCAGUUCUACAUGGAGUGUGUCCAGUUCAAGGUCACCUCCGACGGCUCCAACGAGCUUCCCUCCGGUGUCUCCAUCCCCGGUGUCUACACCGCCACUGACCCCGGUAUCCUUUUCGACAUCUACAACUCCUUCGACAGCUACCCCAUCCCCGGCCCGGAUGUCUGGGAUGGCUCCAGCUCUGGCUCCUCCAGCUCCGGAUCCUCUUCCGCUGCUGUCUCCUCUGCUGCUGCUGCUACCACCCCCGCCACCCAGGCUGCCGCCACCUCCGCUGUGACCAGCCAGGCCCAGGCCGCCCCCAACACCUUCGCCACCUCUUCCAAGAAGUCCUCCAAGACUGCCUGCAAGAACAAGACCAAGUCCAACUCCAAGGUUGCUGCUGCUACCUCCAGUGUCGUUGCCCCCGCUGCUACUUCUAGCAUCGUCCCUGUUGUCAGUGCCAGCGCUAGCGCUUCCGCCGGCGGUGUUGCUAAGCAGUACGAGCGCUGCGGUGGUAUCAACCACACUGGCCCUACUACUUGCGAGAGCGGCUCUGUCUGCAAGAAGUGGAACCCUUACUACUACCAGUGCGUUGCAUCCCAGUAA